UAUCAGAGAAGAGAAGUUUCGCACGCAGACACACACACACAGAGACGUACGUCACACACCCAAAAAUCCAUCAGCCGCUCGCUCCGUACACCUCUCUUUCUUCCACUCACCGGCGGCGAAUUUCCGGUCCGGCGCCAUUAGCUGAAGCCAAUCACACCAGAUCUUUGAAAACAUGUCGGGCCAAAGCCAACGCUUGAAUGUGGUUCCUACCGUUACAAUGCUUGGAGUUAUGAAAGCUCGCCUUGUAGGUGCGACAAGAGGUCAUGCUCUCCUCAAGAAGAAGAGCGAUGCUUUAACAGUGCAGUUCCGUCAGAUUCUUAAAAAUAUUGUCGCAACCAAAGAAUCCAUGGGAGAUGUGAUGAAGAACUCCUCCUUUGCCCUUACUGAAGCCAAGUAUGUUGCUGGCGAGAACAUCAAGCACAUUGUUCUUGAGAAUGUCCACAAUGCCUCUAUUAAAGUUCGAUCAAGGCAAGAGAAUGUUGCUGGUGUAAAGCUCCCAAAGUUUGAAUACUUUACUGAAGGUGAGACCAAGAAUGACCUCACUGGAUUGGCAAGAGGCGGACAACAGGUCCAACUCUGUCGUGCUGCUUAUGUGAAAGCAAUUGAGGUUCUCGUGGAGCUUGCUUCACUUCAAACAUCAUUUUUAACCCUUGAUGAAGCAAUCAAGACCACAAAUCGUCGUGUCAAUGCCCUAGAGAAUGUUGUGAAGCCUAGGUUGGAGAACACAAUAAGCUAUAUCAAGGGGGAGCUGGAUGAGCUCGAAAGAGAGGAUUUCUUCAGGUUAAAGAAGAUACAGGGUUAUAAGAAGAGGGAAAUCGAGAGACAGAUGGCAGCUGCCAGGAAUUUUGCCAACGAGCAGGUUGCGGAAAAGUUAUCGCUGAAGAAGGGCAUUUCCCUACAUUCAGCUCAGAACUUGUUGUCUGCGGAAAAGGAUGACGACAUCAUUUUCUGAUUCGGAUGCUAGUUUUAUAUGUUUGUGCUUUAGGAUGUGUGAUUCUGGUCGUGCUGCUCCGUUCUGCAGAGGAAUUCUAUUAAUAUUUAGUCCGACGGUCUUAUAUUCUGAAUAAAAGCUCCAUUUUCUUCAUGUAUGUUUCUACUUAUUGUGAAUUAUUUGUAACAUAAAUUACUUCAGUUCAAGGUUUUGAAAUAUUUGUUGAUUAGAAGA